AUAAAAUAGUUGGCGUUAAAGACGUAAAAGACGUGUGUUUGUGGGACUUUGCGUGGCCGGGAGUCGGAACACCUUUGACAGCUGACAAGUUAGCAACGAGGAGAGGCUCAAUGUACUGGAGGGAAUCCAACAUUCAUGUUGUUUUACUCAUAAAGCAAACAGUAUAAAAAGUGUGAUGGCAGGUUGGGGUGCUGCUGCCUCCAGGUUGACAGAGACGGACUAUGACCAUACACUCAGCCCAGCAUGCAACUAAACCUCUACUAGUCCUGCUGUAACUCCAGAUCCAAGAUCAGCACCAAACAGCCAGCACCCAUCGGAGAGAAUGGACCCAAACUCCAACAGCGAGAGGAAAAAGAUAUCCUGGACCAGUUCACCUGAGGCCCCUUCACUCUAUUCACCAACAUCACCUCAUAGCCGGGAUUCGGCAGCUACCUGUUAGCUUGCUGACAAAUGUUUGCUGAAACUGUUCGCCUGAAGGAGCAUUGAAAAAGACAAGAAACAAUUCAGUGGUUAGGUGUGUAAUCAUGGGGAAAGAACAGGAUCUGCUGGUGGCGGUGAAGACUGGAGAUCUUCUGCUGGCGCACAAACUUCUCUCCAAAGUCAAAUGCAACAAAACCAAGUUGCUGGGCUCCACCAAGAGACUCAACAUCAACUACCAAGACUCAGACGGCUUCUCAGCGCUGCACCAUGCUGCUCUCACAGGCACCACGGAGCUGUUGUCCCUGCUGCUGGAGGCCCAGGCCACGGUGGAUAUCAAGGACAUCAACGGCAUGCGUCCCCUCCACUACGCAGCAUGGCAGGGUAAAGCAGACUCUGUCUUAUUGUUGCUGAGAGCUGGAGCUUCAGUCAACUCCACUUCCCAUGACGGACAGAUGCCGUUACAUCUCUCUGCUCAGUAUGGACACUACGAGGUGUCUGAGAUGUUGCUGCAGCAUCAGUCUAAUCCCUGCCUGAUGAACAAGGCGAAGAAGACUCCUCUAGAUCUGGCCUGCGAGUUUGGGAGACUGAAGGUGGCUCAGUUGCUGCUGAGCAGUAACAUGGUGACAGCGCUGUUGGAAGGGGAUGGAGGGCACGACGGCCUGGAAUCUCCAUCCACCACUCCCCUCCACCUGGCAGCCAGGAAUGGACACAAAGACAUAAUCAAGUUGCUGCUCAAAGCCGGUAUCGACAUAAACAGAGCCACCAAAGCGGGGACGUCUCUGCACGAGGCUUCCCUCUAUGGCAAGACUGAAGUGGUGCGACUGCUGCUUGAUGCGGGCGUCAAUGUGAACAUGCGCAACACGUACAACCAGACAGCUUUGGACAUCGUCAACCAGUUCACCACCUCCACAGCCAGCAGGGAAAUCAAACAGCUGCUGAGAGAGGCAUCGAGCUCUCUCCAGGUCCGAGCGGUGAAGGACUACUGGAACCUCCACGACCCCACCGCUCUCAACCUCCGGGCUGGAGAUCUUAUUAUGGUCCUGGAGCAGCAUUCAGACGGCCGCUGGAAAGGUCACAUCCAUGACACCCAGCGGGGGACGGACCGGGUGGGAUACUUCCCCCCCUCAGUGGUGGAGGUCCUCAGCAGACGAGCAGGGGGCACUCUCUCCCGCAAUGCCUCCAUGCCUUGCCAACGACUACACUUUGCGUCCAGAGCUCCUCCCUCAAUCCAAGGCCCCGCCCCUCAGACUGAUGACUCAUACACCCUCGGCUAUGAUCCCACAGGUGCUCGACCUGACAGUCAGCUCUCUGUCCCAACUAGUCCUGCUAGCUCCACUCAGGACAUUUGGGUCCUCAGGAGCUCUCCCACCGGUGACAGAAACAGCGUCGGGAGUACCGGCAGCGUGGGCAGCAGCCGCAGCGCUGGCAGCGGCCAGAGCUCCGAGAGCGGCCACAGACAGAACGGGAUUCAAAAUCGCCACAAUGCUGACACUGGCAAGCUGGCUCCCUCUGCUGGUGAAUUAGGAGACCGUCUCCACAUUGCAGGAGCAGACCACAGCAAACAGGCUGAUGGAUCCACAGGUGGUUCCCGUCGGCAGGUCAACGGCACUCUUCAAAGAGGCUUCGUGAGGCCAGAAGAACUUCUGGAGGGCAAGGACUCUGAGGCCAUCUACCAGUGGCUGUAUGAGUUCCAGCUGGAGCAGUACACAGCCAACUUCAUCAACGCAGGAUACGAUGUACCCACCAUCAGCAGGGUGACCCCAGAGGACCUGACAGCCAUCGGAGUCACCAAACCAGGCCACAGAAAGAAGAUCUCAAUGGAGAUCGGCAAGCUGAGCAUCCCCGAGUGGCUGCCUGAUUACAUCCCUUCGGACCUGGGGGAGUGGCUGAGUGUGAUCGGACUGCCUCAGUACCAGAAGCGAUUGUGUGACAAUGGCUAUGACUCCAUAACCAUCGUCAAAGACAUCACCUGGGAGGACCUGCAGGAGAUAGGCAUCACCAAACUGGGCCAUCAGAAGAAGCUAAUGUUAGCAGUGAAGAGACUCAGCGACCUGCAGCGUUCUCGUAACCAUGCCGACAGAGCCGGAGGCGGGACCCUCCGACGGAAGCCCCCCACCGCCCUGGAGCUGGUGGCCAUCGAGCACACGCCGACGCACAAUGCGCACGCUCACGCUACCGCCGACGACUGCUGCCCCUCCCCUCGAACCCCCAGGGCCCUCCUCUCCUUCCAGGACAGCGAGCUGAGCGCCGAGUUGCAGAACGCUAUGAUGGGCAGGGCGGGAGGAGGAGCCGCCGAGGCGUUCGGCAUCAGGGGCGUGACCUCUGCAGCAGCUAUAUCUAUCAGUCAGGAGAGCAUUAGCAUGCGAUCACGGGGAUCAGGGAAUUCUGGAAAUUCUGGAAAUUCUGGAAAUUCUGGAAAUUCCAAUUCAGGAUAUUCUCAAGAUCACCAAGCCGCCCAGUCUUCAACCAGGGUAUCCAGCCGGUCAGAGGAGAGUCUGGGGUGUGGUGCGGGAGAAGAGGCCAAGCGUGGAGGGAGCAGUCCUGGAGAUAGAGGUCGACAGAGACCCACAGAGAUGUGGGAGCACCUGAGUCGCUCUGCUACUCCCAACAAACUGCCCUUCUCUCCACUAACACCUCCGCUAACCCCCAGCAAGAUGCCUCGCUUUGCCUACCCGGCCGUCCCACCAAAGGCCAAACACUUCCAGUCCCCUAACCGCCUCUCUCAGCACCACCCGACCACCUCCCCUUCCUCUCCGUCCCCGCAGCCUUCCCCCUCACAGAAGGCCUUCAGUUACCUCCACGCCCAGGCCGGAGGCGUCAACGGGGCUCCACGGCCGCUCUCCAAACCGCUGCCCGGAGCGGUCCUUCUGCUGGGACCCCUGCCUGGACAGGGCCCAGCUGAUGUCGCCCAGAGGGGCCCGCACAAAAAGCGCGCCCAAAGCCUGACUCGCUACGCUUUGUCCGACGGCGAGCCAGACGAUGACGACGACCUCGCUCCCAGCUGCACCUCAGCUUCCUCUGCGGUCAUGCCCUCCUACGCCACCCUGUCGCGCAGGCCGGGACGCGGGCACACGAGCGCCACGGGGACCCAACGGCACUUCAACCGCAGCCAAUCGUUCGCUGUGCGAUCGCGACGCAAAGGCCCACCCCCAGUGCCGCCUAAGAGGAUGAGCUCGGUAAGCGGCAGCCCGACACGCCAACCGGGAAACGGGAAUGUGGUGGAGCCAGAGGUGAAGGGAGGGGUGGAGACGGAGGGUGCGGGCAGCGUGAGGAGCAUCGCAGCCAGGCUAGAGGGAAGCAGCAGCAGCAGCAGCAGUCCAUCCAGGAGGAUAGAUAUACCACCAACUCACAUCCAAGUUUCACCUGUUUUCAUCCCCAUUUCCUCCCCAAUUCCACAUGGAAUGACUCCCCACAUCAUCCUACACCACUCCAAACCUGUCCCUGCUCUGGGCCUGGGGGGCCUGAGGAGGACAGGAAGUGAGAGGACAGAAGUGGAGAUUGACAGACAAAGAGGCGGAGGCACACAGGGAUCACUAAAAGAGAAAGCAAGGCAAAGCGAAAGAAUUUCAAAGAGUGCUACUGCAUCUCCAAAGCACACUUUUGGUGAACACCUCCCUUUUGCCGAUGAAGGCAACCUCACUAUCAAACAGCGGCCCAGGAUAGCAGUUGCCCCCCGCACAGACGCUGACGUCAGGACUCCUCCAGAGCAUCCGGCACAGACCCCGAACAGCCUGGACCUCCCAGAGUUCAAUUUGAAAGAGUCUGACACGGUGAAAAGACGACACAAACCCAAAGACAAAGACUCGUUGACACCUGAGGAGGCCACCUCCCCCAGCAGAGACUACAACCACCCGCAGACCAACAGCCUCCACACACCUAAUGAUGUCAGGGUGCCGAGCGAUGAUGAAUCUAUGAGGCCGGGGAAUAUGUUUCAGAGAGUAGGCUCCAUGGGAAAAGGCCCGAAGCCUCCAGUGUCCUCAAAACCUUCCAGUCCUCUUAAACAACCGCCUAACAGCAAACCAACAACCCCUCAGAAAACAGUUCAAGCUAGUGCACAAACAGCCAUUCCUAAACUCACCAGCGUACAGAUUCACACUGUCUCUCCAAAGCUGGGCGCCAUGAUACACUCAAGUAUACCCAGCUCCAAGCCUGUGAACCCACAGACAGUGAUGUCCAAGCCUGAGAGUCCACAGAAAGCACCUGUUUUGUCUGUAUCAAGACUCCCUCAGCCCAGCAUGGUCCCGGCAUCAACAGCAGGACUGAACAUCAUUAUGGUCCAGAGCGUUGCGUUCGCUGCUCCGUCCUCCCCAGCUCCGGCCCCUUCGUACCCCACCUCGGCCCCACUGGGUCAGGCAGGGAAAACAGGGACACCCCUAGUUGGUGCGGCUGGUCUGGAGGUGCUGGCUCAGAAGAGGCUGGAGCAAACCAGUACAUCACUGGAGGCUGCUCUCAAAGUGGUGGAGAACCAACUGGCACAUGGGAGCACUGUGGACAGUGGCGGCAGCACAGUGAAGGCUGCGGGAAAUAUUCUCGAUGACAUCGGCAACAUGUUCGACGACCUGGCUGACCAGCUGGACGCCAUGUUGGAGUGACAAGGAGAUCAAAAUGAACCUUUGAUGCUGGUAAAGAACAGAGACAGUGGAGGGAUCAUCACUCUGGAUGAAUCAAUAAGAUGCUUUAUUUAAUCCCUCAAAAAGUGCACAUUUGAGGAUUUCCUGCACAACUUUCUUUUUCCAAUAUUGCCCAGUUUUUUUCCAACGCGAGCACUUCGCCUUAGGACACACACCUGGGAAUGUUAUUGGAGCUACUACAAACAGCAGCUGCGAGAUCAGCUUCCUUAACAUCUGUGUGUGUGUGUGUUCGGUAUAUUAUCACUAAAAGGGAAUAAGGGUCCAUUUUAUUCACAUUACCUGUAAAUAUAUAUGGAUGAGUCUAUGGUGGCACUGUGUAUGUGUGUAGUCAGAUAUCUUUAUACUGAGUAUAUUUAUACUUCUAUAUGUUUGUUUUUUAACAAAUGGAGUUCCUAUUGACUGUCUAAAUCGUUCUAAGUGUAUAUUAGCAUAACUGUGUUAUAUAUAUUUUGCUGCUUAUUGUCUAUAACAUGGAAAAAAAAAAUGUUUAUUGUAUUUAAAGCAGCAUAUUCCUGAU